GAGUCUCUCAGGGUGUCUACGUGCGCGCGCGCGCAAGUCCGCCCUCUUAGUCACGUGACCCUUGCCUCCGGGUAGUUCGCUACAGGUUUCCUACCUCCAACUCCCGAAAUCCGGCGUUAUGGCUGCCGUCGUCCCCUGCGCCGCUUCUGUCUCUCCCCUGCUUUUCCUUCUGGGCCUCCUGGUCCUCUGCGCUCCACAUGGCGGCAGCGGCCUGCACACCAAGGGCGCCCUCCCCCUGGAUACAGUCACUUUUUACAAGGUCAUUCCCAAAAGCAAGUUCGUCUUGGUGAAGUUCGACACACAGUACCCCUACGGUGAGAAGCAGGAUGAGUUCAAGCGUCUUGCUGAAAACUCGGCCUCCAGCGAUGAUCUCUUGGUGGCAGAGGUGGGGAUCUCAGAUUAUGGUGACAAGUUGAACAUGGAGCUGAGUGAGAAAUACAAGCUGGACAAAGAGAGCUAUCCAGUCUUCUACCUCUUCCGGGAUGGGGACUUUGAGAACCCAGUCCCGUAUAGUGGGGCAGUUAAGGUUGGUGCCAUUCAGCGCUGGCUAAAGGGGCAAGGGGUCUACCUAGGCAUGCCUGGUUGCCUGCCUGCAUAUGACUCCCUGGCUGGGGAGUUCAUCAGGGCCUCUGGCGUGGAGGCCCGCCAGGCCCUCAUGAAGCAGGGGCGUGACAACCUCUCGAGUGUGAAGGAGACUGAGAAGAAGUGGGCUGAGCAAUACCUGAAGAUCAUGGGGAAGAUCUUAGACCAAGGGGAGGACUUCCCAGCAUCAGAGAUGACCCGGAUUGCCAAACUGAUAGAGAAGAACAAAAUGAGCAACGGGAAGAAGGAGGAGCUCCAGAAGAGCUUAAACAUCCUGACUGCCUUCCAGAAGAAAGGGGCUGAGAAGGAGGAGCUGUAAAAAGGCGCGUUAAGGUUUUCCAAGGUUUGGUUGGGGUGGGGAGGGGAGACUUAACUGCUGGCCGUGAGACCCUUGUGGAAUAUAAGGAGGUGGUGGAAAAAGUGGUAUUGCACCAGAAUUCUGAGCCCUGAGUAUGUCUGGACAUUGAUGCUGAUGUGACCAUGCUAUAGCCAGUCUGGGGAGAGCUGGAGCGCUUACACACAUGGCUAGUGAAGUGUCCCUCAGAAGGAAUUGGUGCUAUAAAGAGGAGUGUACAACCCAGGUCCUUGACAGGUGUAAUUCUAAUCCAAUUAAAGUUUCAGUGUUUGGGUUAAGUGGA